AUGGACAACCCCGUUGCUAAGAAUUACCAACACAUCCUAGCUAUGGCAUUUGCUAUAAAAGAGAUAAAUGAAAACCCUCAAAUCUUACACAAUCUCACCUUGGGCUUCUAUAUUUAUGACAGCUAUGACAAUGCUCAAAGGACAUAUCAGGCUACAAUGCUGUUUCUCUCAUCAGUGGAGAGACUGAUUCCCAAUUACAGCUGCAACAUCCAUAAUAAUUUACUAUCUGUUGUUGGAGGAUUGGAUGCUGAAAUCUCUCUUCAUGUCUCUACCAUCUUGGAUAUCUAUAAAGUUCCACAGCUUCAUUACUUUCUAAGAAGAGUCUCUUUUAACAAUAGUGCUGGGGACCAGAUCUCCUUUGACCAAAAUGGCAUAAUAAGAGCUGGGUUUGAUAUUAUCAACUGGAUUGCUUUUCCAAACAAAUCAUUUCUUCGUGUAAAAGUUGGGAAGAUGGAUCACCUAGCUCCUCCAGAUCAAGGUUUAACUAUCAAUGAUGACCUCAUUACAUGGCACAAUUUGUUCAACCAGGUGCAGCCUAUUUCUAUCUGUACUGAGAGCUGUUAUCCAGGUUUCAACAAGAAAGUCAAGGAAGGGAAGCCAUUUUGCUGCUAUGAUUGCAUUCCAUGCCCAGAUGGGAGCAUUUCAACUGAGAAUGACAAAAAUGAAUGCUUUAAAUGCAAAGACGACUGUUAUCCCAACACAAGAAAAGACUUCUGUGUUCCAAAAAUUGUCAGUUUCUUGACUUACAAAGAACCUUUAGGGUUGAGUUUAGCCUGUCUUGCACAUUCUUUUUCCCUAGUCACAGUUCUGGUGCUAGGAAUAUUUGUAAAGAACCAUAACACUCCCAUUGUCAUAGCCAACAACCGGGAUCUGACCUAUAUUCUCCUCAUCUCCCUCCUGCUCUGCUUCCUUUCAUUGCUACUAUUCAUUGGCCAGCCUGGAAAGGUGACCUGUCUUCUCCGACAAACAACUUUUGGAAUGAUUUUCUCAGUGGCUGUUUCUUCUAUUUUAGCCAAAACCAUCACAGUGGUUCUUGCUUUCAUGGCUACCAAGCCAGGAUCUAGCAUGAGAAAAUGGGUGGGGAAGAAAUUAACCAAUUCCAUUGUUGUUUCCUGCUCCCUGAUCCAAGCAAGCAUCUGUAUUUUGUGGUUAUCAAUGGCUCCCCCUUUCCCAGAUGUUGAUAUGGUCUCAGUGCCUGAAAAAAUUAUACUACAAUGUAAUGAAGGCUCUGUGGCCAUGUUUUAUUGUGUCCUUGGCUAUAUGGGUUUCCUGGCUCUUAUCAGCUUCACAACAGCUUUCCUUGCUAGGAAGUUACCAGACAGUUUCAAUGAAGCUAAGUUCAUCACAUUCAGCAUGUUGGUCUUUUGCAGUGUUUGGUUGUCCUUUGUCCCAGCAUAUUUAAGCUCCAAGGGAAAAUACACGGUGGCUGUUGAGAUCUUUUCCAUCUUAGCCUCCGGUGCUGGGCUUCUCAGUUGCAUCUUUUUGCCAAAAUGCUAUGUCAUUGUGUUGCGACCAGAAUUGAAUAACAGGGAACAAUUAAUUAGAAGAAAAGGGAUCAGGGUGUUAAUUUUGAGUUGCCAUAUUUCAAAAAGACCUAUUACCAGAAAUGGGGAAUUCUGUAUCAUGAAUGUGAAUAUUUUUUAA